UUGGACAAGUCCCGUCUGGUCUGCAGGUACGCCCCCCCACCUCACCGGAGCCCCACCCUGCACCUCACAUUCCUCUACAAAGCCACCAUCUUGUCUCGUCUCUGCACACUUGCUCACCAGCCAGCACGGAAGGAAGACCUUUUUGUUUUUGAGAAUGGCAUCCAUGGGAGUACAGAUCGUAUGCGUGGCCCUCGGCGUCCUGGGCCUGGUUGGCGCCAUCGUGUGCUGCGCCGUCCCGAGAUGGAAGGUGUCGUCCUUCACGGGCUCCAACAUCGUCACCGCGCAGAGCCAUCAGGAGGGUCUGUGGAAGACGUGCGCGGUCCAGAGCACGGGCCAGCAGCAGUGCAAGAACUACGACUCCCUGCUGGUGCUGCCCUCUGACCUGCAGGCCGCCCGCGCCAUGACCAUCAUCAGCUGCAUGCUGGCCGCCCUCAGCCUGCUCAUCCUGUUCUGCGGCGCCGACUUCACCACCUGCGUGGAGAACGAGGACGCCAAGCCCAAGAUCAGCCUGGUGGCCGGCGUGGGCCUGCUGCUGGCCGGGCUGGUCCUCAUCAUCCCCGUCAGCUGGUCGGCCCACACGGUGGUGAGGGACUUCAACAACCCCCUGGUGGCCGCCUCCCAGAAACGGGAGCUGGGGGCGUGCAUCUUCGUGGGCUGGGGGGGCGGCGUGCUGCUGCUGCUGGCGGGGGGGCUCCUCUGCUGCUUCAGCAGGCCCAAGUCGGGCGGCUCCGGGGGGACGGCCAAGUACUACAGCAGCAGCGCCUCCGCCCCCAACAAGAACUACGUGUGAGGAGGACUCUGUCGUUAGACUUGGAUGUGAAUAGCCUACUUAAACACUUUGCUUUAGGACGGGGGGGGCAAACUUGUUCCCACACAGAACAAUUAAAGGAGGCGCGGGGGAGGGGCACUGUUAAUCGGUUUCUUUUUACAAUAAGCUACAGGAGCUACAGGCUGAAGAAGGCCCCCGAGCCGCACUUUGGACACCCCUGGUUUAACUCUUGGGGGGGGCGGCUCAUUUCUGUCUUUUGGUGCUGGGAUUAUUACAGGUGGACAUGAAGCUUCUGAUGCUUUUAUUUUGAUGGAUGCUAGCUGUUAGCUAGCGCCUCAGUCUCCCUGAUGUUUCAUUCUCUUCUUUUGUGUAACAAUUGAUACAAAUUUGGUGUAACCAAUCGUUGUCUUUCAUAUUUUAGUAAAAAAAAACCAAUAAACAAAUGUCAUUGUCAAA